AUGCCUGGGAAGAAAGCCGUCGUCACCCUGUGCCCCGUGGGCCCAGCCAACCCUACCACACCUCGCACCCUGACUUUCCGCUCGGAUGCCGACUAUGUCGAAAUCGGCCGUGCCUCCAAGCGCGAAUCCAAGAACCUGCUCCCUCAACCCAACAAUGCUCUCUUUGAUUCCCGGGUUAUGUCACGUAACCAUGCAAAGAUGUGGGCUGCCAUGGACCGUAAACUGAUCUAUAUUCGUGAUAACGACUCCAUGCACGGCACCUGGAUGGACGGAUCUAAACUGCCCGUCGAUGAGAAGGUCAUCAUCCCAAACGGCGCCAUCAUCGCCUUUGGAGUUGAGGUUGUUCGCGGGCGGGAUACAUUCCCUCCUCUGGAGGUUAGGUGCGAGUAUGACUGGAUAGAAUCCAGGUUUGGCAUAUCACCAUCAGCUGGAGCCGGGCGUACACUCUCUAACAUGCAAUCUAGCGAUAAAUCGUUCCAAAGAACCGAUAUCGAACCACUACAGCCUACCAAUACCUUCUGUGUUCCCGACGCCGAGGACGACGAAGAAGUCCAAAUCCUAAACGGUCCCACUUUUGAGGACAACUCCUAUUCGGAUCACUCGAAUUCAGGCUCCGACUCCGACUCAGAGGACAUGUCAGUUGUGGAAAUCCCAUCUCCUUUCACCUCCCCACCGAAGUGUGACCAACAUGAGCUCACUGGGACCCAACAAAGCCCGAUUGAGGUUGAUAGUGAACACGAAGAAGAGGAACAAGAGCGCCAGCCGCUAGCCACCCCAAGAAUGACCCCUACGCCUACUUCCUGCGUUGCAUCCCACGACGAGACAGAAGUGGUCGACAAUACAACCCACGAGACCGAUGCGCCUGCGGCCCCUCAACCCCCAAGCGAAGAGCGGUCUUCCAAGGACCCGAACGACUGGGAAGCUGAUCACGAUGAGGAAUCCGACGAUGUCUCAGAUGACCAAUCUGUAUGCUAUUCUGAGGAAUCGAGCUCCGUGAGUUCCGGUCCUGAACCCGACCCUCAAUACAUUGAGAGUGCACACAUAGAGACUUCUCGUCCUUCAUUUGAAUUCCCUGGUUCAGUUCUUCCCACGACCACAACAACUAUGCACACUGCUUCCGGACCUCUGCCCUCGCCCUCGGACUUACUUAAACUCUCCUAUGAUACGUUCCCUCACGGUCCCUUCACGCCCGGGCUAAAUGGAUGGUCUUCUCCAUCUACUCUAAAUGAUCGACACGCCCCGUUGGCACCUCUGGUGUCUAAAUGUGGCGGCGCACGUCCUCCUUACACUGAUGGCCCAUUUUGUGCUAUGCAGGUACCUAGAUUUGUACCCCCGAAUGCCCUCACGUGCAGCAAUGAGAAACCUUCCGGAGACGGACCUGCUGAGGCUGACAAGCUGACUCUCCAGGCCGAGCAAGUUCAGUGGCCUCCGCGUUCCAAUAAUCAAUUCAGAGCAUCGGCAAAUAUUCUUGGCCAGCACGAUUCCAUCCAGAAGGUCUCAUUGAAGAGGAAGGUCGAGGACAUAGAGGAUUCUAGGCGUACGCUUCCACUCAUGGAUGGCUUCUCUCACCCUUCAAACGGAAUGCUCUCUGGCGAGUCUCUCGCUAUGCAGAGCCAAGCAGCAGGCGACGACCACGAAGAGACAUGUCUCCCCGAUGCGCAACCACAGCCCACGGUGGAAAGCCUAAUCAGAUCUGGCUCACCAUUCGGUGAUCUGUCUCCAGUCUCUCAGGCCAAGGAGAAUGAGCAGCCUGCGGAGGAGAUGAAUGAGCGGCCCGCGAAGCGACUCAAGACAUCGGGGCCAUCCACUCUGAGGGCUCAUGCUACCGGUGCAGUUGUGGGUGCCGUAGUCGGGGCAAUGGGUACUAUUGCUUUAUUGGCUUCGCUCCCCCCAGACUAUUUCCUGUGA